CUCGCCUGAAUGAAAACACAGGAGCGACGCCACCACUAGUGAGGCUGUGUUGUGGUGAUAAAAAGAAAAACAACUGCAUCCUCACUCUGCGGCUUUUCUUGUCGGUGGUCAACGGUGCGUAUUUUCGAUCGGCGCGCGGUGUGCUGGACGUGACAGGGCAGUAUGGACCCACGGAAACUGUCAGAGUUAAGGGGCUUUGUGCAAAUGUGCGAGUCCAACCCUAACAUCUUGCACCUUCCAGAGAUGGGCUUCCUCCGGACAUGGUUGCAGAGUAUGGGUGCCACAAUCCCUCCCCUUCAGAAGACAAAGGAUUCAUGCCAGGGUGGCUGUCCCUGUGGUCCUCCCCCUACAUCAGCUUCACCUCCCGAGCCCGAGCCUCCUGUGCAGUCUGAGAGUGAGGAGAGUGAAAUAGAAAUUGACAAUGAGGGAGUGAUCGAGCCAGACACUGAUGAACCACAGGAGAUGGGGGAGUUUGAAAACAUUGAGGUCACAGAGCAGAUGAUAGAUCAGGCCAAUGAGAAGAAGAUGGAUGCCAUCAAUGCUCUAGGGGAAGGUGAUCUGCCGAAAGCUCUGGAUCUUUUUACUGAAGCCAUCAAGUUGAACCCCUGCCUGGCCAUCCUGUACGCCAAGAGGGCAAGUGUUUUCAUCCAGAUGCAGAAACCCAACGCAGCCAUAAGAGACUGUGACAGAGCCAUCAAGAUCAACCCAGACUCUGCACAGCCUUACAAGUGGAGGGGAAAAGCUCACAGGCUGCUGGGGCACUGGGAGGAGGCAGCCAGAGACCUGGCCACAGCCUGUAAACUGGACUAUGAUGAUGCUGCAGAUGCGAUGCUGAAGGAGGUCCAGCCUAAGGCGAACAAAAUCAUAGAGCACAGACGCAAAUACGAGCGCAAGAGAGAAGAGAAGGAGAUCAAGGAGAAGCAAGAGCGGGUAAAGAAAGCCAGAGAGGAGCACGCACGGGCUCAAAGGGAGGAAGAGGCACGGCAGUUCGGAGGAGGAGGAGGAGGAGGAGGAGGAUUCUUCCCAGGUCCUGCUGGGUUCCCAGGCGGAGCCCCCGCUGGCAUGCCUGGUCUUGGGGAUUUCCUGAAGGAUCCUGAGUUGCUCAACGCCAUGAAGGACCCCGAGGUGAUGGCUGCCUUCCAGGAUGUGGCACAGAACCCAGCCAACAUCGCCAAGUACCAGAACAACCCCAAAAUCAUGGCCCUGGUCACCAAGCUGAGCGCCAAAUUUGGCGCUUCACCGCAGCCAUAGACAGGAAACGGACCAAAGCCGAGAGGAGAGGGGAUACGUGCUCAAUCAAUCUGGAGAGCCGCAACGCUUUUCAACAAUUAUUCCACUGUGUUCAGUUCAAACAGGGGAGCGGGUUCAUUGGUGUGAUGUAGAGAAAGCAGGGCAACUUUUUAAAUGUUCUUAAUCAGCCUGUUAGCACUUAGCAAAUCUCAACAAAGCAACCCCAUGGUUAGGAGCCAGGCCUCACAACCUCUUCUGACUGGUCUCAGCCGGGGCUUCACUUAACCACAGGUUGACGUUUCUUAACCUGUUAUCUGGAACAGCUAAACCGGGAGCUCCUGCAUUCAGACGCUAGCUCACAAACAUUUGUACAGCCAUUUAUUACGUGGUAAUGGUUUAGCUGCCAGGCUUUUCUUUCUCUGAACAGAACUCUCACACACAGCUGUCUGUACCUUUUUGUUAACAGAUUAUUAUAAAAAGUUCUUCUUGAUGUCUGAUCCUGUUGAAAAAUGAUUCACAAUAAUAAAACCUCUGUUGCUGCAAAGCAGGU